AUGGCAGCUUUUGAAUUCAUCAACUCAUGCUCUAAAGAAAAUGUGAAAACAAAGAGCAAUGGAGUUUUGAAAUGGACUCACCCUCCUGAGGGAGUGACUGCUAUUAAUUGUGAUGCAGCCUGGUCUGAUGAGAAUAAUGGGGGUUUGGGAGUAGCUCUCCGCAACCAUGAAGGAGUUUGUAUCGGAGGGGCUCAUGGGCAAGCCUUUCUGUCUUCUGUAGAGGCUGCUGAAGCCACAGCAAUACUGCUGGGAGUAAAUGUUGCUUUGGAUAUGGGACUGAAAGAUGUAAUUGUUCAGUCUGAUUCUCUAAGUAUAAUCACAGAACUCAACUCUUCUAGCUCAUGCAAAAAUUGGAAGAUUACUCAGAUUAUUGAUGAUAUCAAAUGGAAGAAGGUUUUUUUCAAUUCCAUUACCUGGGACUGGAUUCCCCGUGAAGCAAACCAAGUUGCAGAUGCUGCAGCUUUGCUUGGAAAAAGGAUGAUGGGUCUUAACCGAUGGGUCAACCGGCCACCAUCAUCUCUCUUGAGUGUACUCCGGAACGACGGUUUGCCAUGUCCACCGUUGGUGGCAGUUUAG